AUGGAAGAAAAUUCUCAAGUAAUAUCUAUAUUUUAUGUUUGGAAUGAAAAUUUUAUACCUACGUUUAAAAUUACAAAAUUAUAUUACAUACCAAAAGAGUCGAUUGGUCUUGCUUUGACCUUGAGUAUGAUUCAAUUUCUAAGAAAUGAAGCUGAAAAACAAAUGAAGCUGGAUCAAAUCCCAUUGGCGAAAAUCUACUUAAGAAAAGCAGAGAAAACUAAAGAAUGGAUUAUGUCAAAUUUAAGAGCUGAACCGUGUCAUAUAUUAGUGAUACCUCUAAAUACUAACAGUACAAAUUUGGCUAAUACUAUACAAAGUUUACGGCAGUAUUGUGCAAAGUUCGGUUAUCCAGAGGCUAUAAUAUGUCCACUUGAUGAUUAUAUUCCAAAAAGUGAAAUAUAUCAUAAAUUACCAUAUGGAAAACUUUUAUUUGAAUAUGAAGAUCCGAAAAUAAUAUGUCGUUGGAUUCGAUAUUUAUCACCAAUACGUAUGUACCUGUAUGGAAAUGAACAAGUUAUACCAAAUGAAUGGAGUAAACAAAUGAUUUCAAACGAAGUCGAUCAUUCUCUUAAACUAAUUGUUAAUGAUGAUGAUUGGUACACAUUUCUUGAAAAUGAAUCAAUUAGUGAUAGUAUUAAAUGGAAUUUUUCCGCUAAACAUGGUCGAACAUGGAAAAUAACUCAACUAACACCAAUUGCAUUAAAUAGUCUAGAAGAUAAUAUUCGUUUUCGAUCGUCUCUUCGACGUGCCAAUAUUACAUAUUAUUCUCGUAUGUCGAUUGUAACUGCACAGAUCUUUGAUUGGUUUGAUGAAUGUUUAGAAUAUGGUUAUGUUAAGAAUGAGUUCAAAUUAACUAGACGCGAUAAACCGGUUUCAGUAAAUGAUGACAAAGAUACACAAGAAACUUAUCUUUCAUCAUUAAGACUCGAUCGUAGUGAAGAAGUGGAUUACUCAUCAACUUUUAAUGAAAAGGAUAGUGGCUCAUACAGUUUAACAUAUUCAUCUCAUCAAUCAAAUGAAAUAAUUAAUUACUAUUUAAAUAAAUUCGAUCGAAUGUAUAUAUGGGUUGAUAGUGAUUUCUAUUCAAUUGAACAACGUUUUCAAUCAAUAGUUUAUCCUAAUCAAUGGAACACUUUUUCAAAUAUUAAUGAAUGUCAAAAGUUUAUUUUAAGUCAACAAUUACAAUAUAAUCCAAAAAUAUAUUUAAUUUCAUCGUAUUAUUCAGCUGAACAAUUAUUUGCGUAUGAACAUGUAUCUAAUAUUCAUGUAGCUUAUUUAUAUUCAAAUCAAAAUGAUAUACCACCUCGAUGGAUAAAUGUUUUUCCAAGAAUACGAGGAAUUUAUAAAAAUUUAGAUUCACUUUUUGAACAAUUUAGUUUUGAUAUAACAACAAAUAUUGAAUUAUUACCAUUUCAACAUCAACAGAAAGCACAUGAAGAUCCAUUGCCAGUAACAUUUUUAGAUACAGAUCAAGACGGAUUUAAACGUCAGCGAUAUUUAAUUGAAAUCGUACUUAAAUUACCACGUGUAUUGGAGGCUAAACAAGAAAUGAUCGAUGAACUUCGUCGUGUAUCAAUUGACAAUGAUAUAUUUUUAAAACAGAUAAAUGAUUUUGAACAAAAUUAUCAUUCAAAUGCAGCUAUACAAUGGUAUACACGUGAUUCUUUUCUUUAUCGUUUAUUAAACCAAGCAUUACGUUGUGAAGAUAUUGGAUCAAUAAUAAAACAUCGAUUUUUUAUUGCUGAUUUAUAUCAAAAUUUAGAGGAACUCCAUAAUCAAAUGCUUAGUUCAUAUAAUAGCUCACAGCAAACUAUAUUAACAUAUUAUCGAGGACAAUCGAUGCCACCGUCUGAAAUCGAUCAAUUGAGAGAACACGUUGGAAAACUUAUAUCAAUUAAUACGUUUUUCUCUACGACAUCAUCCCUUGACAUUGCGCUUAUGUUUGCUGGAGGAUCGACACUUGAAGGUAUAACAUCGAAUAAACCAGUUAUAUUUAGUCUUGAGGUCAAUCCACUUAUUGAAAACACACGACCAUAUGCCAAUAUUAAUUUUUAUUCUGCUUAUGAGGAAGAAGAUGAAGUUUUAUUUGCAUUAGGUUCAGUAUUUCGUAUAGAAAAAGUGGACUUGUUAUCUGUAAUUGAUAACAUACAAGUGAUACAUCUAAAAAUGAUCGAUGAAAGUGAAUUACCAAAAGAAUAUACCACAAAUGAUUUUUCACAAAUUUUUCCCGAACAAUUAAUUUUAGAUCCAAUUUAUGCUAUUGUUGGUCUAACUUCUUUAUUUCAAGAUAAUGAACAAUAUUCUCCUAUUAAAUCUAUACUCGAGGAAGCUGACGUUCAAUUCUUCGAAAAUACUGAUGACUUAGAUCAUUAUAUAAAAUCGAUACAACGAAUUCAAUCUUUUGUCAUUUUUAUUGAUAGCCGAUUACCUAUUCUUGAUCGAAAUCAACAAACAAAAACGAUUUCAUUUGAAGAGAAUGACAUGCAUUUUAACGACCUUAUUUAUGAAUUAUUGUAUGAAAUGCAGAGCAAUAAUAAGAAAUCAAAAGAACAUAUUAAAGAGUUAUGUAUGAAUGUAGCCAACGUCUAUUGUCCUUCAAGCGAAAGUACCUUUUAUGUUCAACUUCUUCUAUCGUCAACUUCGAAAAAAAAGUCUGAAGAAGAAUUUAAAACAAAAUUUUCAUCAUCAUCAAUUAUCACUUUCUAUCAAACUGAGCCAUGUAUUUAUUUCCUUGAAUCUAUCAGUGAACCAUCGAAAAUAGGCAAUGCGAUACUUAUUCUUCAAUCGGAUGAUACUAAUAUUGAUAGUAUAAUCGAUCGAUUUGAACAAAUUGAUUCCAUAAAAAAUAUGUAUAUCUGUUCAAAAAAUGCUUUUAAUAUACAAUAUCGAAGGAUUAUUCAUGGAAAAUUCUAUAAUGAAAACGAUUUAUAUGCACAACUUUAUUCUGACAAUUUAACUCAUUCAUUUAUACAAGCUAAUGAACAAAUUGACAUAUAUAAAAACAAAAGUGAAGCCAGUCGAUAUUUUCUACAGAUGGAUCAAUUCUAUAAACUUAUAAAAGAGUAUCAAAAUCAAGAAAAAAAUCUCCUUGAAUGA